AUGAAGCCAGAACGCAAGGGUGACGCAGUUUGUUUCAAUGCAACUCAAGAAGACGAAAGCGAAGGAGAAUGGCGUCUGAAACCUUCAAGAUUUUCAAAGUGGUAUCGCCUUUCCUUGACUAAGAGAUUGGAGUUAGGACUGUCGUUAGUGCGGGUUAGAGCUUGGGUCCAUAGAUUCAUUGCGAACUGUCGAAAGUUGAAGAAAGAACGAGUCAGUGGAGAGUUGACCGCAAACGAAUUACAAGGUGUAGAAGAGAUCAUUAUUCGCGAAGCACAAAUGGAAGUUUAUUGUCAAGAGAUUACUGCACUAAAAGAGAAGAAGAGUCUUCCUAAAAGAAGCAGUAUUUUGAAUUUAACGCCAAUCUGGAAAGAUGGUCUUCUGCGUUCGAAUACGAGGCUUCGAUACUCUGAGGAUUUGAGCGAAGAGAUAAAAUAUCCAAUAAUUUUACCUAAGAGACAUCCAGUGACGAAACUCAUCGUGAAGUAUCACCGCGAAAGCGAAGGGCAUCGAAUGGGCGUAAACUUCACGCUGAAUCAUCUUCGAGAGAGAUACCAUGUCGUUCAUGGCCGAGAAAUGGUAAAGAGAACGGCAAAAGAAUGCACAACGUGCAAACGGCGUUUUACCGGCAAACCAGGCGUGCAACAAAUGGCACCAUUGCCCAAUAUCAGAUUAGAGUUGACGAUGAAACCUUUCACGAACUGUGCAGUUGAUUUCGCAGGGCCCUACCUCACAAAGCAAGGACGAGGGAAGACACGAACGAAACGAUAUUUGUGUCUAUUUCUUUGCUUGCAGACCCAUUGUUGCCACUUAGAAAUGGCAUGGUCGUUGGAAACAGACGGAUUUUUGCAAGCGUUCACCAGAAUG